UCUCCCUUUUAGCCCCUUUUCCUUUUCUUCAAAGCUCUUCUUUGCGGUAGCCAUCUCCCUCUCAACCAAUGGCGCUGACCUCAUAUCCACCUGAAACAAUUUCCAGGACCGCUGUAACAUAUAGACCCCUCGCCACACCUUGGGGUUGGAAUCCUCAGUGCUCGAACAUCUUCCUAAUGUCCGACGACAAGCUGCUGGCAUUUGAUCCAGGAUACGCUGAAUAUGCCCCUGCGGAUAAGAAAUGUGUGCCACCGGAAGUUGAAGAGUGGUAUGACACAGAUAGCGAAACAGGACCCGAUGGUCUCACGACCGAGAAGUGGCUUGGCCCUCUGGCUAGCCCUACCAACUCUGGCGUCUCCGUAUAUACUUCAGUUUUAUACCAAUCGAGAACAGGGUUUGCUUACUGCCCCCCAAUAUACCUUAUUAUCAAAGGAUUCCAUAGACUGCGUAUCCGCCAUUCACUCUGAGACUAAAGUCACCUACAAGAUUUCUAAGUCCACAGGCUGGACCAUCAAGACGACCGAAUUUACAAAGGUUACGGAUAUUCAUGCGGUUCCCGUGAUAGGUUGGAAUAUCAAUCACCAUGGAAUUGGACCCGCCACCGUUACUGCCACUGCGACAAGCUCAUUCGAUACAAUAUUUUCUACGACAACACAAGCACCUAUACCCCGAAGUAAAGGCAUCUCAGUAGGAGCCAAAGUGGGACUCGGUGUUGGGAUCACUAUGGCCAUCAUGGGAGUCAUGGUGGGUGCGUUUCUUGUCUAUUUACGAAUAAAGCGACAUGCCAAAAAGGGUAUCGCAACUCAGCUACGCCCUUGGAGGUAUGGUCGCGAACCCAGCAAGUUCGAGGUGCCGCUACACUCUACAGGGGGUAUUCCACAGCGACCACUAGCAGAGCUCUCUGCGAUACGGGAACCAUCUGAGAUGGAGGGGUAGUCAAUUUUGCGUUUUGGUGUGCUUGUGUAUUUCUAUUGUUAGAUCAUCUGUUCGUAGGCCGGUCCUCUCCUCUUCUUUUACUUAUUUCUCUUGCCUGGCUUCUCUUUUCUCCUAUCAUUUUUUCUAUAUUAUCUCUUAUCAUUGCUUCUCAGGUUCCCCUUUCGUAUGUAUAUUUCUUAGUCAUCUAAUUGUGCGUUGGACAUUUCC